UCGCUCUGGAGAGCAAGGCUGGUGCCUGAGGCCACGCCAAUGCUAAGCGUGUUCCUCAGACAGGCUUUGGUCGCGUUCGGGUGCCCGGCAGGCGUAGUCAAGGCUGCAGGCUCUGGGCCUGCCCUCCCUGGGUUAGGGGGGCGGGUAGAGUAGAGGUCAGGCCGGCUAGGCAGGGUGAGCACACAAGGCUUGGGAAUGCAGGUCCACCCAGUUCAGCCUGGUGGAAAAUUGCCCUAAAACCGGAGAAAUAGGGUCGAUAUGAGGCCAGAGUCCAGGCAAGUGCCACUGUCUCUCCGCCCCAGGCUGCGACUUGCAGGUUAUGGCGUAUAUGUAUACCCAAAUUCUUUCUUCCGUUAUGAAGGAGAAUGGAAGGGAGGAAAGAAACAUGGUCAUGGGAAGCUGUUGUUUAAAGAUGGAAGUUAUUAUGAAGGUGAAUUUGUGGAUGGAGAAAUCACUGGGGAAGGCUACCAACACUGGGCCUGGUCAGGAAACACCUACUCUGGACAGUUUGUUUUAGGAGAGCCUCAAGGACAUGGCAUCAUGAAGUACAAAGCUGGAGGUCACUAUGAAGGGGAGCUCUUCCACGGCCUGAGGGAAGGACAGGGGUUUCUGGAGGACCAGGAUGGGCAGGUGUACCACGGUUCCUUCCAUGACAACAAGAGACAUGGCCGUGGACAGAUGAUCUUUAAGAAUGGUGACAAGUAUGAAGGCGACUGGGUUCGAGACCAGCGUCAGGGACAUGGGGUGCUGUGCUGUGCCGAUGGCUCUACAUAUGAGGGACAGUGGCACAGUGAUGUCUUCAGUGGGCUUGGCAGAUUGGCCCACUGCUCAGGAGUCACUUACUGUGGGAUGUUUAUCAAUGGUCACCCAGCAGCACAGGCUAAGAAAAUUGUGGUUCUGGGCCCAGAGAUACUAGAAGUGUUCCAAGGCUCUCCCUUCACAUUGAAUGUACAGCUGCAGCAAGAUGAUGGGGAGAUUGCCAAGAGUGAGAGUGGCCGGAUCCUGAAGAUCUCAGCUGGAGUCAGAUAUGUGCAACUCCCAGAAUACUCUGAGGUCAGCUUUUUUAAGAUGGAUGAAAAUCACAUGGAGACACUCAUCCAGACACCAUUUGGGUUCCAGUGUAUUUCCUAUCCUUUGUCCAUCCCCAUGUCCUGGGGACUGGAGCCUGGGUCUACUGUGGAAAGUUCCAGAGCUGACAUACUACUCUCCAAGAGAGACUCAGAGCCAAUGCUGGAUUAUUCAGGAGCCUUCCAUGGCCAGGGAGACACCCCCAGCAUUCUGCCAGCAAGGAGAUGUGAAUCCUGUUGUCCUGCAGUCUGUCAGCGAGUGGAACAAGGCUGUGCCGAGUUUGUGGACAUCUUCCUUGGACCUCCUCCACCUGGGAUGCAGCCCUUUCUCUUCCUACCCAGCAUGCUUGAGAAGAGCGGCAAUAGACCCAAAGGUGGCCAGAAUUCCCCAGAGGUGGUACCCACUGUCCAGGAGCCUCCAAAAGGCACCAGCAAAGAUUGGGCCCUGCAGCCAAGAUGCCAAGGGUAUAAUUUCAGUCAGCCAAGGCCUGAUGGAACCACAGUGGAGCCAUCGACAUCUGCGUAUCUAGGUAGGCAUUUUGGUGUGGACCACAAAGAAGCCCAUCACUGUACUUACAAAGGCAGACGCAAACUGGGGGACAGACAUGCUUCCUGCCAAUACAGGCCUUUGGAGGUGGGGGGUUGGGAAGGCACAUGCCCAGGUAUCCUAGAGGUGGAUGGAGAUGUGUGGACUGUGAGUAGAGGAAAAAUCACAAGUGACUUCCAGGCCUUAUGAACAGGGGCCAAGGCUGUGAGGCAGCCAGGAAGAUUCACAGGUAAGAAGAAUGUUCCACAAAGGACGGAGCUGAGUAGGGUAGGGACCUUGGGUAAC